AUGCGAUUCUUGGAUCGAAAUCUCACCACGCCAGAUUAUUUCCAGCCCUGGUCAAAGGGGAAAUUGGUGAUCAAGAUCCAGUAUUUCUUCUGGAACCCUGGAUCCAUGUUGCAAAAGUCGGUAGUCGGUUUACUCCGAUCAAUGCUGUAUCAACUUCUAGCACAACAGCCGAACCUGGUUCCCAACAUCGUUCCCAUGUCGAUGUAUAUGUCUUCUACCCCUGCAGCCGAUUUCCAAUCGGUUGAUUGGACUCAGACCCAGUUGCAGACCACCCUCUACAAUUGCUUGGUGAGUUCGAGGGACUCAAUUAUGGCGUUUAUUCUGCUUGACGGCCUCGACGAGCUCGCCGGAAGUGACGAGAUCAGAGUCAAACUGGUUGAUUUCUUGUUCAAGCUCGCUGAACUUGGAUAUGUCAAACUAUGCAUCUCUAGCAGACCUUGGAAUAUCUUCCACGACUCUUUCCAGGGAUGUCCAAGACUGAAGCUGGAAGAUCUUACUCGCAACGACAUCAGCUUGUUCGUGAGAGCGCAGUUGUCUGGGCAUGCACGAUUCCAACAUGUGAUACGCAGCCAAAACGAGAGUAUGGACGAUAUCGUCAACGAGAUCACAACAAAAGCGCGUGGGGUUUUCUUGUGGGUCCAUCUAGUGAUGCGUGAAUUAUCAAAAGGUCUUAGAGAUGGAGACGGGAUGAGGGAGCUGCGGAGGAGGCUUGAAAAGAUUCCUAGCGACUUGAACGACUACUUCAAACGUCUGAUGAACACCAUAGAGCCCGAUCAGCAACACGACGCUUCGGUUUUGCUGCAGAUUGCUCUC